CAGAGCUCCGCCCCCCCGCCGCUUUGUGUAGCGCUGCUCCUGACAACCCGAACUGCUCCGGAGAGCCGGUGGGACCCCCGUGGCCGGGUGACAUGACGCCUGGGAAGGACUUAGGAUCCCUGUACGAUUCUCCGUGACCAUGGACAGCUACAACAUGCAGGAGCAAAUUGGCAGUAGUGAAGAUGAGGACCAAAACUUUGGAAGCUCUAUGGAUGAGAAUGGAGCCAUUGGAUUGGAGGAAAGAAGACAGGAACUCGAUAACCGUGAAGAAGGGGAAGAAGAUGAACAAAAGCAAAUGCUCGGCAUGGAUAUGGAUGUAGGAGGCAUGCUUGGGCAAGAUGAAGAUGGUAUACUGUUCCCGGAAUCCCCUUCAGAGGACAGAUCAGCUGGACGGAGCUGGGAAGAGAAAUUUCAUUUUUCCCAAAUGCCGGAAGAAAGAAGAAACCAAGAUUUUAUUGGCAUUCAUGAUACAGAUGGUCUCAGCUUUGGAGACCAACCUAGUAGGUCAAUGACUUUGCCUUCUGCACUUGGACGAAGACCUCCAAGCAGGGACCAACAGCUGGAUAUGACUGAAGACGAGGUGGACCAAGGGAGUUCCCUAGGAGCAUGGGACGGGGAAGAAGAUGAAAACUGGAACGCACAGCACUAUAACGGAACUGAACAUGAAAAACUUGAGGACUUUGAUCAAACUUCAGCAGGAGAAGAUCAGUGGGACAACUCCCCAGGAUCUCCCAGUGAAGAUUACUCCAACAUUCCAGGAAAUCAGGGUGAUGAAUCCGAUAUCAAUGACUUAAUCUCCCCAUCCCCCGCUCCGCUUCGCAGCACAUGGAACACCAGACUACUUGGCGUGCUUGGUCUAGCGCCUGGUAUAGAAGAUGAGACUCUUCCAGAAUCCUCACAUACAGAUAGUGGGGAAGGAUCAUCGGCCAUUCCCCCUGGAGAUCGUAGAAAGAUGUCGAGGGUUACGCAGGUGUCCAACCAGACCAAGUCUACCUUGUCACCUUCUUUCACCAAAAUGCAAAAUGCACAGAAUUCCAAUGAGAAGAAAAGCAAAAACGCAAUUUUGGCACAAUAUGGCAGAGGCAAGCUCAACUACCCUUUGCCCGAUUUGUCCAAAGUUGGUCCCCGGGUCCGAUUUCCUCGCGAUGAGCCGGGUUAUCGUCCUCCUCAGCCGCACAGGCCAAAAAACCAAAGCCAAAGUGCCCCUGUUCUCUUCAAAUCACCAGCAGACAUCGUAAGAGAGGUCCUGCUGAGCAGUGUUGAAAUGCCAGUCCAAGAACCAGCCAUUCCACCCACUGUACCACAGGAAUUCAAGACCCCGCAGCAAGCUACUCAGCUUGUUCAUCAGCUACAGGAGGAUUAUCACAAGCUGCUCACUAAGUACGCAGAGGCUGAAAAUACCAUUGACCGUCUGCGCCUGGAAGCCAAAGUACAUCUUUACUCUGACCCCGCACAACCAAGCCACAGUGUUCAAAUGGGAACGGUCAUGCAAGGAUCAAAAGUCAUGGAGUUCACCAUAUCUCAUGCCCAGGCAGCAACCUUCAGCUCAGUGAAUGAGGACAAUGCCAUAUCCAAAAAUGACACAGGCUCCUCUGCUCCACUGAAUCAGUCAGCAAGUCCCUCAGAUGCCACGUUACCAGGUACCUCAGGUUCUUCCCUUCUCCAGGGACCUGAAGACAGUGCUUCCAUUCUAAGAUCACACCUGGAGACCCUUCAUAGAGAGGUUGACCUCUUUGAGGGGCUGUUGCAAGGAGGAAACCUGAAUCCUGAAGAACAACAACAGGCUGUGCGAGAGCUCCGUGGCUCUCUAGACGUACUGGAACGCAGGUACUUACAGGCCCAGGAGCAGUAUCGCCAAGAACAGCGACGCACUGGGCGUCCAUUUCAGGAACUGGAUCCACAGAGAGAACUUGCAGAAUCCAUAUUUCAACUGGGAGUCCAACUGGAUGAAGUACAAGAAAGAGUAGACCAUUCCACCUUGUCCAAUCCCAGCACAGACCUUACACGUACUACUCACCAUUUAGAUAAUGCCCCAUUACCAUCAGCAGUGGUGCCUAUUCCAACAACUCAGACCCCGUACCCACGGGUCACAUCCCCAGGGCCUCCUGGACCUUCUGGUAAUGCUAUGGAUACAUCAUAUAAAGAGGAUCCAGAAGAAUGUUUACCUCAACCAGUCCGUUUUAAACACACGCAGCUGGAAAGGGAUUAUGGCACCUUGCUAUCCACAUAUAGCAGUUUUAAGUCCCUUCCAGAUGCUCUGGGACUGGAGCAGGACGAAUGGCCUCAGCAACUUCCGCAAAUUGCCAAACCACAUGAUCUCCAAGAUGGCAACCCAGGACAGCAGCAGUUUCAAAUCUCCAGAGCACAGGAUCAUGCACAAGCUAGAAGACCAUCAGGGCUGAUGACCCCUGUUAGUAAUCAGAGUCAUCAUGCCCAUGCACAGGCUGUCAAUUUACAACCUAAGGCAAAGCGCCAAUCUCCAAGAAGUCGUCAGCAGCGUCAUUCAAGGUCCAUUACUCCUCAGAGCUUUCCACUGGCUGGAAGUUUCACAGAGGAUGGGCAUGCUAAUAGUCCAACUGGUGGCACCAAUGUACCCGUCACACCAUCUCCCACAGAGCAACGUAGAGCAUCUUCUGUGUCUAGCACACAUGGCAUUGUUCCAGAUGAGGAAACAUCAUCAUCAUCCAGAAGGAUGUCGUAUGGGUCAAAGACUUUCCCACAACGUGUAUCACAGAGCUCCCCAUUGCCCCAGCUGAAAGAACAGUCUCCUCGGACCCCCACCACCGAGUUUUCCGUCAGUGAGGAAAGCAUCCAGGAAUCGCCAUCUCAUAAAAGCAUGAAGAAUGUCAUCCCUUCAACUCACAAAGUGUCACCAAGGACUCCUAAAGAAAGCAUGGCACAGAGAAGGAUUUUGUCCCCAGAGACUGAUAGUGGUUUCCUUGGUUCAGAGAGUGGACGCUCCUUCCCGCUCCAGAAACAGAGACAUCGGCUUAGUCUAAACAGAGAGGACCACCCUGUAACAACACAUGAUUCCUCUAAUGCUGCUGUGAAAAACGUAAGGCGGCGCUCUAAAAAUGGCAGCAGUAACUUCUCUGGGACCCAUAAAGUGUUACGAGACCAUAGAGAGAAAAACAACUCCUGGAUGGGUCCAUCGGAAGCCAGCUCUCCCUCCCUGGGGCCCAAGAGCCUUACUGACAGUGAGAGCCGGGAAGAGAGCCACACUGAUGAAUCAGACUCAGAACAAGAGAGAUCAAGCAAGGUUAUUGGUAAGGUGUCUUCUGGAGCCUCUCUACUUCCUUCACCUACUGACGAGCCAUCCCAGCCUCUCCAGAACAUUAUGGAGUCUCGCAUAGCCAGAGAUGAGGCCAUCCACAAUUUACAGAAGGAAGUGACUCAGAUCCGUCACCACCUCGAGAACAGCCUGAACCGAUCACCAGCCCGGGGCAAGAUGGGCAAGCCAGCCAUUGUUCAGAAGCAACACGAUGAGGAAGGUCUUCACUUUUCACCUGGCUUGGAGACACCCAUUUACGGACAGAGGGCACCAGUUAAUGACUCAAGGGAAGAACACAGGUGGAGAAACUCUUCACCACAUGACCAUGACCCUACUCACCAAGCUACUCAAAGAGGAAAAGGAAUCCAAGGGCCAUAUACAGGAACACGAUACCGGUUUUUAAAUCCUGCACCGAUUGACAUGACUGAACAUGUUAGUGUGCCACAUUGUCAGAGAUGCCAAGAACCCGAAAGAAAGAAGCACGUUACCAUGAAAACAUCAAAGGAGGAGGAGGAGAGUGUCCCUCCUACACACCCAGCCUGUCCGUUAUGUAAGGGGAACAAUGGAUCCGAUAAUACUCCAAGAACUGAAAUGACGAACGGUGAACACAGGCGUCAUCGGAGGCAUCAGCAUUGCCAGCACUGGUAUAUGGGUCCUCCUCCUCCGGUCAGCUACAUCCCCAGUCCACUUGUGCCUUACAGCCCUCCAGUCAUAUACAGCACUCCACCUGGCAUCUAUGUUCCUGCUGGGUAUAAUGUCGCUGAUGUAAGAUCUUCAUUUUCAAGAACCCCGUCCCCCAGUCCAGACAUCUUGGUUUUGGAUGAUUUAAGCCGGGCAUUAGAAUCAGCCAAGGAAAUGAAAAUAACCAGCAAACGAAUGUGCCGAUCUCUGACCAUGGACCUCAGCAUGAAGCAGGGUCUUCAUGGUUCCUGUCUCUUCUAGGGACCAGCAGAGCCUUACAUAAGGUUUUAAAUUACACAUUCCCAAAUAAAAGCUGUGAAUUCA